CCAAUCAAAAUCUAAGAACAAAUAUUACUUCCGUGUUUAUCUGGUAGACGGCAGAAGGUUGUCAGUACAAAAUUGAAUAAUGAAUAUUUUUAGGCGUAUUAAUCCGUUGUUAUGUACAAGUAGAGUUUUAAUAACAAAGUGUAAUUUCUUUACAAAGCUCUGCUUGGCCGCCAAAGUUCCUUGUCAUGGCCGUUUCAUUUGUCGACAUUUGACUACAAACUUAACCUCAUGGCCACAUAUACACCAGGAAUCUGCUUGUGUCGCCUACACGAAAAGAUGCUUUUCAGAGACAGACGUCGGUCGCGGUCAUUUAUUGACGAGGACUGACGUUAUUCAAGAUGAUUCACAGGAGAUGGAGGGCGACUCUAAUGACGAGCGUCACCCGAGCCAAAGGCCCACUGAGACGUUCAACCUGGAUGUGCUGGUGACACUGCUGCGUCAGGAAAACGCAGCAGAUAUCUGCGUGAUAAAAGUACCCGAGCACAUCAAAUACACAGAGUACUUCAUAGUUGUCAGCGGCGUAUCACCGAGACACCUACGCGCAAUGGCGCUUUAUGCUGUCAAAGUAUACAAAAUUCUGAGGAAAGAUCAGGAUGCUCAUGUUAAGAUUGAAGGAAAGGAUGCAGAAGACUGGAUGUGUAUUGACUUUGGCAAUAUAGUUGUUCACUUCAUGCUUCCAGAGAAAAGAGAAGUGUAUGAAUUGGAGAAACUGUGGACCCUGCGCUCCUAUGAUGAGCAGCUUAGCAGAAUGCCUGAUGAAAAACUACCAGAAGACUUCAUAUAUGACCUAGAAAACAUGAAAUGAUAAAAUAUUGUUCCAAAUGAUGCUUUAUUAUUUUCAUGCAGCUGAGUUUCUGGAUACCUCUACUAUAUUAUGGUAUAAUUUUUUUUGUCAUUUGCAAGUAUUCUUUGACCAUUGCUGAGACAUUGCUUGUCAAAUGUUUUGAGAAUUUUUGAAAUAAAUUGUUUUUUUAAUGGUAAUCGUUGUUUGUCGAAACAGUCUCGUCAUUUUGCGAAGCUGGAUCGAGAGAGCUUGAAUAAAGCCUAAUUCGGACAAGUGGUAUAGAAAAUAGAUGAAUUCCACUUAGCUUUUCAGCGCAAGGUUUAUCAAAAAAAUGUGGGUUUUUAAACAUUAUUUAACUCAUUGGCUGCCAUUAACGUGGGUAAACGUUCAAUCCAUUUUGACCGGUAGAGCUGGCAGUGAUUAUUCGUUCUGCCAGCCCCCCUGUCAAAUUAGAUUAGACCUCUCACUCCGUCAAUGGUAGUGAAACAAGAUCACUCAAUGCCAGCUAUCCCAAAUCAAAUGGAUUUGAUGUCUAUUAUUGUAAGUUGCAGUGAAUGAGUUAACCAGGAAACAGGCAUGAAAAUCUCUCAACUUUUGGCGAAAUUUGCCGUUUUGAAGUCAAAAAGGGUGCCAAAAAUCGAUUAUUAGAUUAUUCUUCUGUGCUCAAGUUAUAGUUAAGUUAGCGCGAGAGUGGAAGAGAGUUCGUUGCUUCUUGCGUUUCAGUUGUCCAGCAGUAGGUUCGAGUCGUGUUCAUUGGAAAAUGUCCCUGGUGUGUUGUUAAGUCCCGGGUGCGUCUACAAGAGGUGAGUACACGAACCCUCUUGUACUGCUUAGCCUUUAUUGUUGUUUUGUUUCUCGUUAGCGAAGAGCACUACGUUAAUUAGCGACUUCGCUAACAUGUAUUUCCAUGUCAAAUUGUGCGUUCUUCGUUGUCUGGUGGUGUACAAAAGUUACUC